CGCCGGAAGGGGGCGUAGCACGUUGGUCCCCAAAUUGUAAUGCGACGUCAGGUUGGUAAUUGCUUUUAGGGGCUCGCGUGUGUCAUUCCCUCAUUUCGCCGCUACUUAUUCUCUCCACAUGCCAUUUCUCUUGUUGCUUUUAACCUACGCUGUCCUCACCUGUGAACUAAAUUUUGGUUCUUCUGCAAGGAUCAUAACUCUUUUGCUACUACUUCUAUAACUUGGGAUAUAACGACGUGGACCUGUUUUCGCAACUCUCAUAUCUCGUCAGUGCUUCUGCUUGCCCCAUCCACUCGAUCACAAUGCUGGCACCCAUUGCUGCGGCUCUGGUCGCCCUGGUUUGUCCAGUUCACCACUUCAGCUUCUGCAACUCUGAGAUACCGCCUCUUGUAGACGCUACUCUAGAUGAGCUUCGUUCCGGCCUGGCAAAUGGCCGAUUUACAAGCGUUGACCUGGUCACUGCAUAUAUCCACAGAAUCAACGAGGUCAAUGACCGCUUACAUGCGGUCAACGAAAUCAACCCCGACGCCCUUUCAAUAGCCGCACAGCUGGAUCUGGCUAGAAGGAGCGGAAAAUCAGACAUUGGGCCUCUACAUGGAAUUCCCAUUCUGAUUAAAGACAGCAUUGCAACCGCCGACAAGCUCAACACCACUGCUGGAUCGCUUGCUCUGCUUGGAUCGACUGUUGCCGAGGAUAGUACGGUAGUGGCGAAGCUUCGCAAGGCUGGUGCUAUUAUCCUUGGCAAGUCAAACCUGUCGCAGUGGUCUGGCAUUCGCGGCUCAAAUUCUACAGACGGGUGGUCUGCAUACGGUGGUCAGACGCAGGGUGCCUACUUUGAGGGCAUGGACCCGGCCGGCUCAUCAUCUGGCAGCGCCGUUGCCGCUUCCAUCGGCCUCUCCUGGGCGACACUGGGUAUCGAUACUGAUGGCUCUCUCAUCAAUCCCGCCCACAAGAACAACAUUGUUGGAAUCCGGCCAACCGUUGGCCUUACCUCUCGUCACCUCGUCGUGCCUGUUUCGGAGCAUCUCGACACCGUCGGUCCCAUGGCUCGUACCGUCAAGGACGCCGCCUACCUUCUCCAAGCCAUUGCAGGCGCCGACAGAAACGACAAAUUUACUAGCGCCUCUCCCUACGGAUACAAUAGUCCUGACUACGUCGCUGCUUGCCGUACCUCUGGCUUGCAGGGCAAACGCAUCGGCGUCCCCAAAGGCAUGCAGCGUAUGUGGUUUGAUAAGAGCACCAUUCCUGCCUUUGCCGCUCUCAGCGAUGUUCUUCAAGUUCUCCGCGAUGCCGGUGCUGAGAUUGUAGAGGACAUUGAGCUGCCUGGUGUUCGGGAUUUGAUGAAGGAAGACAAGACGUUCCGUGAACUGAUGCAUGGCGACUUUGUAGCCUCGCUACCCAAGUACCUCGAUCAACUCAAGACGAAUCCUAACCACAUCACGUCGGCUCCAGACUUGCUGGAAUUUACACAACAUACAGAACACGAAGAAUACCCUUACCACAAUACCGAGUCAUGGAGCAAUGCAAUCGAACAUGGCGACAAAGUGUCGACAGCAUGGCAAGAGGCCUUCAACCGCCAACGUCAUCUCUCCGGCAAACUUGGUCUCACAGGAGCUCUGGCGAACCACUCGCUGGAUGCCCUCAUUAUGCCUACUUUCCUUGCUUCCAAGAUUGCGUAUCCCAACGGAUGCCCCGUCAUCUCUGUGCCCCUCGGCAAGGCACCAGCCUGGACACCGACCAUUACAAACUCCCUGCACACUUUGAACCUAACAUCACCAAACCAGCCAAUUGGUCUGGCAUUUGCGGGCUCCCACUGGUCUGAAGAGUCUCUGAUUAGCAUGGCAUAUGCAUUCGAACAGCGAACCCUGCGCCGGCAGCAAGUCACCCCUUACCUUGCUCCUACAAUAGAGAUCAAGGAUGUUCAGCGAGGCGCUGGUGACCAAAUCAAUGAACUUUGAGGUGCCCUGAAUAUGGGUUUCCAGUUGCAAUCGGUGCGAGUUCCACCGUAGCCAGCGUACACUUCACCAUUUGUAUUCUUCAUUGUCAAAUGUAUAGACUAUGUAUAUCCCUUUUUUGUUUCGUUUUUGGGUUUGGCGUAUAUAGAGUUAAGAUUCCCCCUGCUCGUGUCGACGGAACUGACACGAAACAUGAGAUUUCAUUUACGGUAUCAUUCGGAAAACAAGAUGAAUAUAUUAAAUUUUC